CAACAAAUAAUCAAUAUUAUACAGAAAUGCAUUCAAAUUCACAAAGCUCACAAUAUCCACCACUUGAUGAUUUGGGAUCCAUUAGUUCCCAUUAUAAACCAGUAUCAACCACAAAUCGGCAACAUUACACAGAAAUGCAAACAAAUUCAAAAAAUUCACAUAAUACAGUGUCACCAUACGAUGUUAAAGAGUCUAUAGGGUCUCAUUAUAACCUAGGGCUUACAGAAAUUAAAGUCGUGGUUGAUUUCGGAACGACUCAUUCGGGAUUCGCAUAUGCGCAUGUGUCCAAUCCGUCAGAGAUUAUAGCAAAUGAUUAUUGGCAAGAAUUUACAGGGCCAUUAAAAACUGAUACGGUAUUGAGAUAUGAUCAAAACCUUAAAACUGUUGAGGCAUGGGGAUUACCAGCUUUAGUGCAAAAGCCAAAUAUGCGAAGAAUAUAUAAAGGUGGCUUUUCGCCUAUCCAAUUUUUUAAACUUCAUUUAAGUAAAAAAUUCGAUAAACCAGAUUUACCUGAAGGGUUAUAUUAUAAAAAGCCUAUAACAGACUAUUUAACAGAAAUGAAGGUCUUAUUGAAACGUUGGCCAAAUAUUAAUUUCCUUAAUCAAGUUUUGCUAGUCUUGACUGUCCCAGCAGAAUAUACCGAGCACGCAAAGGAUGUAAUGAAAGAAUCAAGUUAUAGAGCUGGUCUAAUAUCAACCCGAAAUUCAGAUAAGUUGAAAUUCGUUGAAGAAUCCAUGGCAGCAGCCAUGUAUUGUAAAAAAAUGUUACAAAAACAACAAGGUUCAAUUAUUAUAUUGGAUUGUGGCUGUUAUAAAGUAGAUUUUACAACUUUCAAGUUAAAAAAUAAUGAAUUAAACGAAAAUGUAUUAUAUAAAACUACUGAAUUUGCUGGUGGUGCAUGCGUUGACAAAGAAUUUUUAAAAUUUUUAGAGAAAAAAGUCGGAGAAUAUGCUGUAAGUUCAUUGGCUAAAGAAUACAAUGAUCAAUUUCAAUAUAUGUUAAGUGAAUUUCAGCGCCAGAUCAAGUUACCUUUUACUGGCAUUAAAAAAGAUUUCAAAGUCAUUAAAUUUGACUUUAAAGAAGUAUGCCCAAUGUUGAAACAAUAUGUGACAGGAACUUCAAGAACAAAAUUAGAAAGAGUUAAAUGGAUAAUCGAUAUAGGAUUCGAUGAUGUUAAAUCAAUGUUUGAUCUUGUAAUAGACAAGAUUAUUAAAUUGAUUGGUUUGCAACUCAAUUUGGGAAUUACUUACACGGCAAUGUUUUUGGUUGGAGGAUUUAGUGAAUCCAAAUAUCUUCAAAUGAGGAUUAAUCAACAUUAUCAUAAUCAAAUCAAGAAUAUAAUCUUUCUGGAUGAUCCG